AGCACUGAAGACCUCAGCACCUCCUCCUCCUCUCAUCACCAAGGUUGGAGGCGAUUAUAUAAAUGAAGAAAUGCCCUUAUUCAUACGCACUUGGAAGGAUUUUGCCUAAUUUGCCUAAACAGACGUUAUAAACUGCUUGUUUAAAGAGGAUAACGCGGACAACAUCACCAUGAAACUUUCAUGUGCCCCGUCUUUAAGUUGAAGCGCGAUCAGAUGUGGACCCCUUACGAGCUCCUGUGCGUCUGGAUGGUGGACGUGUUUCAAAAGCAACGGCAUCAGUGACUCUGAACGACUUGUUUAUAAACUAAAGCGGAUCUGCUUUUCAUGGAUGAGCCUGGCAUGAAGUGAUGGAUUGUUGAUGUGGACAUUAACACAAUAAACGUGUUGCGCGUUUCGGCGCAUGCAGACGAUGCACAGGAGGACGCGGUAGAGUUGGACAACUGUGGUCUACGGAUGUCCGACGAACAGGAAUUCAUCUGUGCCACUCACCAGCCCAGUCUCAACCUUUAAGAAUUGGAGCAGUGACGCACAAGCAAAUCAGCACUUUAUUUUUAAGUUCAAUAGACCCAUCGCUCGAGAACCUCAGUGGACUCAUGGGUACCGUACUGUCUCUCUCUCCUGGUCCCAGGAAACCUGGUUAUUACGAUGAUCGUCCCGGUUCCCUAAGCCAUUAUCCGAGCUUGAGCAGUCGCUCUCUGAACACUCAGAAAGAUCGCAGUCUCAAACGCGGUCAUUCCAUCUUCCUCCCGGCUCUCACAUGGAAGCGACUGGUGGCCUCAACCAAGAAGCGGAGUGAGUCCAAAAAAACCUACCCUGGAGGUCAGGGGCACUUCAGGGCUCCUCUAAACAACAAUAGUAUCUACCACAAGGAUCCGGUCUUGCACCUCAACCACGAGAAUGUGAAGAAGUCCCUGUCCUGUGCCAACCUCACCAACUAUGAGUGUCCAGCAGGUCUGGGCCUAGGCAUGGGAUUCGGGAUUGGCUACGGCAAACCGCAGCAGAUUUCGUCUGUAAAGAAGAUUCCACCCGUGUGCACGUCUUCGCCCAAGCGUGUGAUCGUCCAAGCGUCGACCAGCGAGCUGCUUCGUUGCCUCGGUGAGUUUCUUUGCGGUCGUUGCUAUCGCCUCAAGCACCUUUCCCCCGCUGAUCCAGUUUUGUGGCUGCGGGCCGUGGACCGAUCUCUCUUACUGCAGGGCUGGCAGGACCAGGCCUUCGUCACUCCAGCCAACGUGGUUUUUGUAUACAUGCUGUGCCGUGACGUGGUGGACGGUGACCUGGUGUCUUCAGAGCAUGAUCUCCAAGCAAUCCUGCUCACCUGCCUCUACUUGUCCUACUCCUACAUGGGGAACGAAAUCUCGUAUCCCCUCAAGCCCUUCCUCGUAGAGACGGCUAAAGAGGCGUUCUGGGACCGUUGUCUGGCCAUUAUCGACGUCACCAGCACCAAGAUGCUGCGCAUCAACGCAGACCCACAUUUCUUCACACAGGUCUUUGCUGAUCUAAAGAGCGAGGGAGGUUGCGUAAUGCAGGACUACUCUCGAGUUUUGGAUCGGUGAAAAGAGGACACGGCAUAUUGUCUAGAUGCUAACAUAACGUGAUCUCCAGCAGCCACUGUUGUCAUCAUCAUCUUACAUUACAUACAUGCAAACAAGCAGUAUAGACACAAAGUAUUUCCAAUUUGGAGAACUACAAAAACAAUUCAAGUGGGAGUUGGUUGUGCGCAAGUAUUUGAUGGACAUCAAACAGUGAGGAUUCACAGCUGUUGGUUAUUCAGUUGGCCUUCCUUUAUGUCAUGUGCUGGACGUUGGGUCACCAGCUGCAAUGCCAUUAACAAGAUUAACAGAUUAGUGUCACACACACACACAGUCAGUCCUAUGUUCUACGUUCCUGGGUGUUUUGUCUUUUACGAUGCAGUUUAGUUGAAAAAAAAUAUCUGGGUGUCACGUUUUUAUUUACAUCUGAUACCAUUAAGUUAUGAAUGAAAUGGUCUGGAAUUAGUAAAGAUAGUUUUGUUAGAUAUUUGCUGUUUUGUUUUUUAAUUGAUGUGUCUGCAUCUUGCUGUGGAGGAAACAUUUGGAGGUCAGUUUUUGCGUGAUUUUUGUUCUGAUGAAAUCAAAAUGGACCCUUCUUAAAAAAAUGUUCCCAAUCUUAUUUGUGCAGGAUUUGUAAGUACAAAAUAUUUUAAAGAACUGAACACAUUUUUCUAUUAAGUAAUCCUUUACCCAAACGUAAUAUUCAUUCCACCCCUUUCAACUACAUAUUCAUGGUCCAAUGAGACUCCACCCUACUUUUUUUAUCAAGUUUUACUCGGAAAUACAUCAUAUUAUGGAUUUAUCCAAUUUUUUUUUAUCCAAAGUGUAUUUUUUUGCGUGCCAGUUUUUUAAAGUUUUGACUGUUCGUUUAAAUAUAGUCUGUUUUUGUGUACACAUACUUUCAAGGCAUGCGCAUUGCGACGAAAUGCAAUGCAUCUCCUGGGCUACAGACUUUAUUCUCCUGUAGACGUAUGCGCGAUCUAUGCGUACAAAGUAUGCAGUGUUAAAAAAUCCAGCGGUGCAUGUACAGUACGCGCACACUCUGAGCUUCAAUACACACUCUGAUGACGAAAACUGUGUCACGCGCAAUGUACGCAGACCCUUGCGUACACCUAAAAGGGAAUAUAGUUUCGCCUUUACACUGCAAUGGCAUUUUGUGGUCCUUGAUUACGACACCUUGUCGUCUCCAUAGAUAUACAAUAAUAAAGGCUAGAGUUCUCGUCCGUGCUGCUGGCCAAUGGAGGUCAACGUUCGCACCUGGCGGCCAUCUUGUCACAGUCAGCUCGCUCGCUCGUAGCAAUGAGUGCGUUUACAUGCACAGAAUAAGCGGAUAACUAUUAAAAAUCUGCUUAUUAUAGAAAACUGUUUUCAUGCGUUUACAUGCAAAUCAAUAAGCCGGCUAUGCAGACAACUGCGUUUACAUGGGACUUGGAGAAUUAUCAGUUUUCUCGCAGGCAGUGACGUCACCGCCUAUAGAACAUAAUAGUCGAUCAAAAAGCUGAUGGCAUAUCUGUCUUAAGCUAUAUUGUUGUAUCUAUUCUCGUAUCUGCAGAACCUGUAAAUGUAACAUGAGCUUCUAUUUUCACAGUUUCUCUGCCAACUGCUUUAGUCAAGCGGAGACUUUUAUGCGUUACUUUGCGCUUACUUCCGCGUGUGACGUUUAUCUUUCAUACGCGGGGACAUGCGCACAUGGACAAAACCGUGAGAAAGCCGGUUAAGGUGUUUACAUGCCACGUGAAAUCGGCGUAAUGAGCAAAAAACUACCUGUGCCGAUCGGUUUUUGCUUACGCUGUUUAUGAGCUUUCCCUGAUUAAAGAAAACAGUUUUACGCGUUUACAUGACCCCACGUGUUAUCAGUUUAUUAAGCAUAAUCGGCGUAACGCACUCAUUGUGUUUUAAUGGUGCAUGUACUUUUUAAAUAACCAUAACUUGCUCAAUUUUGUACCGAUUUUCAAAAUGUUUGGUUUGUUAUUAACGUUAAAGAUGUACUUAUGCCAAUGCAUACUUAUAAAUAAUGUUCAAGCAACCAGAGUUAUAGCCACAUUAAUAAUGUUUGUUAGAAACCACUGCAUUUGUAAAUCCGUCAGAAAGCUUGCCUGUGACAAGAUGGCCGCCGGUGAUGACGUCUAUUCCACUGUAAGACAUCUAGCCUUUAUUAUGUGGUCAUCUUCGUGUAAAGUACGUAAACGUGAAUCUGCGAUAAUGGUGAUGUCAUGCACGUGUUUAUUCAGUCGAUAGGCAUGCGCAAGUAUAACCAAAAUAACAAUGGUGGCCUACUGCACUGUGUUUGUCAACUUUUCUAAAAAAGUUUACUAAAUUUUGGUGCUUGGGUUCAUUUCAACUUUGGUUUUCUGCUUAGCAGAUUUAGAAAACGGAGAUCAAAUUAGUUUCAAACGUUUUCCCGUUUUAUAACUGUAAUAGAUAUAAAACGUAUCCGGGCACAGCAAACUCCCUCUUAUGUGUAUGGGUGUUAAAGUGUUACUGUGCAGUUGGGUCAGACAGAAAAGCAGAGCGCAGCAGCAUGUGGUGUGGCAUACGAUUGUUAAUCUUAUUGUGGCGUUUUUGAAGCAGGGCAAACCCAGACUUCCUCACAGAAGCUGACCUUAAAUGCCUUAGCACACACACGCUCUUUUAUUUGAGCACACGAGCGUACUUAAACCAAGUACAUGCUUUUACAUUUUCAAUCUAGUAAUCACAAACCUACUAAUACGCACGUGCAUGUGCACACACAAUUUUUGCUCACAAAAAAGCAAUAAUCCGCUCUUGAUCCAUCAGUCGGCCACAAUAACAAAAUCCCAUUUAGAUCAGAAAAGUCUUUUUAUUCUUUCUUUUAAUCUUGGUGUAUUUCGAGUAUGCUGUGCUGGUGUUUUUCCACACAUGGCCAGGAUGAAUACAUGAAUACAUCGCUAUAGAUUUGAAUCACGACCUUGUACAAUCUAAGCAUGAGUUGUUUUCUUUCAUUUGCAGCAGAGUUUUUGACCUCAAGGUUUCUUCCACCGCAGGCAGAUGGUCACAUUUAUUACCCAGCAGCACUGCUAAAAAGCAAGGGUUCAACAAAGGCACGGUCACAUUGAGUUUGAUGAGUUUAGGCUGUAGCCCAAAUCCACAGAUCUCCAUAUCUAUUUCAACCACUUGUUUUAUCUGCAGCGAAUGAUGUUAUUUACAGACACGUGGCCAUUGACACAGAUUUUUAACUUGAGUGAUGUGUUAUUACCGUAAGUGCAAAUAUCUCACCCUAUCCCGAUCACAUCACUUGUUGUCCACGGCCUGGUUAAAGUGUUUCAGUUUGCCCUUGUCGUUGCAUAGCUAGCGAGUACAGCUUUAGCAAAGGGCUUGUUCUGUGGUGUGCAGCGGAUUGGGGACAGGGCAGAGACGCACAGCGUUUCCAGCUUGUGUUUAGAGUCUCGUGCCUGGCUCGCCUCUAUGCUUCUCAGCUGGAACUGUUGGCCAUUGUUUCUCUAUCGUGUGUACCGAAGCUCAGGACUAUUGCUGGGUUCAAGUCCUCCUGAGAAGCUUUUAACACUAGUAAAACAAAAGCUGAAGAUGACUGUUUAAGUUAUUUGUUAUAUUCGGUGCUGCCGUGCUGCAUGGGAAAUGUAGUUCAGAGACUCAGUUUUGUAGUUUUUUGCCGUUUUGCAGCUAUAAGUCAGUGAAGCAAGACAAGACUGCAUACCAAAAUACUGUAGAUUGUGCAGUGCAUAUUCGCAAACACUACACAUUAUGAUUUUAACCAAUGGGCUUUUACAUUAUUUUAUCGAAACACCCCAAGCAUUUCAAAAUACAAUGUUCUUGUGCACUUACCCCAUAAAUGAAUUAAUGGUGCAUUGUGUAACUUUUAAAAGGAUCUCUUAACAGAAUGUAAUAUAAUAUACAUAACUAUUUUAUCAGUGGUGUAUAAAGACCUUACAUAACGAACUGUAUUAUUUUAUUACCUUACAAUAAGCCGUUUUUAUCUACAUACACUGCGGGCAGGGCUCCAGACUAACUUUUUCACUAGGAGCACAGUGGCCCCCAACUGAAAAUCUUAGGGGCGCAACCAGAAAAUUUAGAGGCACACACCAUAAAUCAACAUGCACUGUAAAAAAAAUCCCUAGAAAUUGCAGCUGGGUUGCCGGUUAAUGAAAAAUUUAUGUUUUUUACUGCCAACAUUUUGUUCAAAGUUAAAUGAACAUUAACCAUUUACAAGUCUUUGUCUUUACAGUAAAACUAAAAAAACAGCAUCAAGCAAAACAUUCUGGGAAACAAAAUCUGAAGCAAAAAAGGUUGAUGAAGAUUUCUGGUUCCCAGAAUGCUUUGCGUUAGGCUGUUAUUUUAUAGUUUUAUUCUGUAAAGAUAAAGACUUGUUAAUAUUUAAAAUUAAUUUAACCUUGAACAAACUCUUGCCAGUAAAUAACAUAAAUGUAAAUCUACGGUAAAUUACCGGCAACCCAGCUGCAAUAACAUUGUAAUUUCUACGGAAUUUUUUUUACAGUGUGCUAACCGAAUAUUCACAUUUCUACUCAUUUCCAUUGUAUUACUAAUAAAUACUUUGAUGAUAGAUGCAGAAAGUACAAUGUGCUGUUCCAAAUUCAGUGUAACAUCACAAAAAAAGAUAAAAUUUACUGGUCGCAUGUGUGCGACUGGAUGUAACAUUCAGUGGCACAUUCUCAAAUUUUGGUGGCAAAAUGCCACCAUUUGGUGGCAGUCUGGAGCCCUGACUGCGGGUCCCCUUACAUGGAAGUCGCGUCAUUUUUCUACAGUAGCCCUAAACGGACAAACUGCUCUACAGAGCGCGUUUUGUUACUACGAUGUUUCAGAUGUGUUUGUCCUGUGGCAGCUACCGUAUGCGUUUCGAAAUUGAAAGGUGAGCUGUGGACUGAGCUGUUGGUUGCAUUUCACAAUCUUACUACUUGAUGCCACUAAAAGUCCCACAUUGCACCUUUAAAGGCAGCAGAAUUCUGUGUAAUGUUUCUGCCUUUCAGUUAGGUAUCUCAAUGCUUGUUUGAUGCUUGAACUUGUAUGUACUGUAUGGUGAUAAAUGAUUUAAAUUAUGUUUGUGCCUUUAUUAUAAAGUUUCUCAAAACACUCAAAAAGAUAAAUAUCACCUUGGGAACCACUUACCAAAUCCCAUUAGUGACCCGUAGUCCCUCUGUGGAACACAACAAACACACAUAAAUGCAAGGCAGCAGCACAAAAGAAGCUGUGAUUCAGGAAAGAUUAUAGUUAAAUGUACUCAGGCAAUAUGAAUGAUUAAAAUUCAUGAGCCAUUUUCUGUUUGUUAAAUAUGUGCGACUUGUUGACAGAAACCUGUCCUCUGUUGUCCGUCAAUCACAUUUAAAUGGAACUGAAGUGGUACAUGCAAACAUCUGUAAUGGGAAUGCAUUCACCAACAUUAUUCAUCACUAAAUCUCAUAUAGCUAUAUACAUGGAGAUUUUUCAAUGUGAUGGAAGAAAGAUGCAAAGUCCUAUGGAUUUCCCAAUGAAGAACAUUUGCGGAUACGUGUGCAAAAGGGACAGAAGAUUUCUCAUGUUGAGACUCUACUGAAUUGAGAUACUGCAACAAAUGACUUCUGGACUCUCAGGAUGUGGAAAUUGUACAUUGCAACUCGUCGCCAUUAUUUGUUAUGGCUGCUAGAUUUAUUAAUGUUUUCAAUGCUGCUAAAUGUACGUAGAAUAAAAAACGCCAUGUAGAGUCUCUUUUCACAGAGACAGAAGUGUAACCAGUCUGGUGUAAAUGUUUUGCUUGUAUAAAUAUGAAAUGACUGAAAAACUGCAUGUAUAUCUCAUACAUGAAUCGCUGCUGUGGUGGUGUACACGUCAACCUGAGAUUCAUGUUUUUUUUUUUGUAUUUAAGUUUAAGGUCAAAUUUAUUUUUUAUUAUUUUUACUUGUAAACGAUCCUCAUCAAAAAUUUGGGGAAUGUUAUGACAGUAUUAGAAUGUUCAUUUCAGAUUUUUUUGCAUUUUUGUGGUCGUUUCAGUAACAACUUGCUUUGUGCACUUCGAAUACUGAAAUAUCAAAAAUUAGGUUUUGAUAGUGUUAAGACUUCACACCACGAUGGCAUCAAAACUGUGAACCAGAUAAGUUGAAAUAUUAGGGUCCGGGUGAGGUUAGACGUUAUGCUAUUGUCAUUGUAUCAGUGGUGAUCAUGCUAGUCAAGGUAAGACACACUCGCUAACCUUUAAAGCUGUUGUGUGUGAUUUAAACACUAAAAAUGUCACCAAAUACAUAAACAACAGGGUUCGUACACUCGGCCUAUUUGCCACUGGCUUAAAAACAGAUCAUCCCAAACUCACCUCCCUUGACUGUGGUCAGAUACAUCCCAAUCUCUCCUCCUGUGACCAUCAGCCGUGUUGAGCUCCUGACCCUCAUCCGAAGGGUCCAGAAUCUUUCCUUUGGAAAUCAACAGUAUGCAUAUAUUGUAUAGCUCAGAAAGUGACAUUGCUGUUGUUUGGAAAACUUGAAAAUAGGUGAAAAUGUGACUUCUGAUGGUGAAAUUUCUUUUUGUAGUUGAAUUAUAAUUAUUUAAUAAAGUAUUGAAUAUUGUGUAUUGAGUGAGCAUUGAGUAUUAUUUUAUUUAAAAUUGAACUGUGUGUGUG